GGAAGAGAAGGUCGGGAGCGCAGGGAGGGUACCUGGGGAGCUGCGUGGACUUGCGCAGACUGGAGGCAGGCGAUGGCUGGCGGUGGAUGGGGCCCGGGGACGGAAGCAGGGAAGAGGCCGGGCCGGGGGCGGGGGCCGAGCUGUGUGCUCCGGGGCGCUCUCUGGUGGCCACAAGUUGCGGUAGGAUCUGCUGGCGCUGCUAAACCCUCUCCAUCAUUUUCCCCAAGUCCUUCAGACCCACGUGCUCCAAGCGCAGGGCUGAGCGCCAUCCCGAAACCCUCAGCGACUUGCCUCACAUGGACAUCACAGGGAAUCAGGAAGAAGGUUCCUUCGUUAUCGCAUCCCCCCUGCUCCUUUCCUUCCCCUCCUCUCCCCAUUCCCCUUAUCCUCAGUCAGGACUGCCAGGGCCCGGGUUGCGCGCCUGGUACCGGAUAUGCGCCUGGCCCGGAGCUAAGACCCGACAGGUUUGAGUGAGAGGCUCCACCAAUGUCCAGUCAGGUUGCCUUGAUCGUUUUUCCAACGCCUCCGAGACUGUUUGCCCACCUGCAGAGUGGGCGCGGAUGUUGCCAUCCUCUACAGGGGACCAACACGGAGUGAACCCCACGCUCCGCACAGCCAGCCUGUGCCGAGCCUGGCCGCCCCGCGGAGACCUAAGCCUGGAACAAACCCGACGUUGGUCACACAUCGCCAACCAGGAUAGGUGCCAUGAGUAGAAGUGAAGGGGCCUGGAGGUCACCCCAGGCUCUGACCGUGUGUGUAUAGGAGGAGUAAGGCAAGUGGUUGUGCCGAGACCAGGAGCUGCUGCGUAACAACGACAUCUGGCAUUUACAUAAGGAGGCCUCUGCGCCAGGUACUGUUCUGAGGCUUGACGGGUCCCUAAGUCCUUAUGACAACCCUGUGCGUGCGGUGCGUCUUAUCCUUAACGCCGUUGUACAGACGAGAACUGAGCGAGAGUGAAGAUGUUCUGGUGGAAGGAAGCCUGGUGGCUCUCCGCCUGCUCUCAGGCCGGAAACAUCCGGAAAAUCUGGACGUGGGGCGGAUCUCCGUACUCUGGAGGGCCGCCCCCAGCCCCCCUCCGCUCGGGCUAGUUGGUAACUAGGCACCAAGCCUGCGGCUGCGGACUGCGCAGGCGCGCCUCCGUGGCCGCUCGGGUAGUCGCCCAGGGUCGGAGCAGUCAGCAGAGCUGCCGAGGCAGCGCCAUGGUCCGGGCGCUGUUUGGCUGCUGGUUCCGCGUGGGCGGAGCCCGCCCCGGGGUGACCAGCCCCGUCAUCCCGGUCGGCCCGACUGUGAUACAGACCUCCCUGAGCUGGUCCCAGGUAGCCUUGCUGGGCCUGGGCCUGCUGCUCAUGCUACUACUGUAUGUGCGGCUGCCAAGUCCCCCUGAGCAGACUUCCUGGCUCUUGGGAGGCUCCAAUGUCACAGUCCUGGCUGGUCUCACCCCUGGCAACUCCCCCAUCUUUUACCGUGAGGUGCUCCCGCUCCACCAGGCACGCAGGGUGGAGGUGGUGCUGCUCCAUGGAAAGGCCUUUAACUCCCACACAUGGGAGCAGCUGGGCACACUGCAGCUGCUGUCACAGAGGGGCUACCGGGCCAUAGCCCUUGACCUUCCAGGUUUUGGGAACUCAGCACCUUCGAAGGAGGCAAGCACAGAGGCAGGGCGGGCGGAACUGCUGGAACGAGUGCUGCAGGACCUGGAGGUGCAGAAUGCUGUUUUGGUGAGCCCCUCGCUGAGUGGCCACUAUUCCCUGCCCUUCCUGAUGCGAGGCCACCACCAGCUACAUGGAUUUGUGCCCAUCGCACCCACCUCCACCCAGAACUACACACAGGAGCAAUUCUGGGCCGUGAAGACCCCAACCCUCAUCCUGUAUGGGGAGCUGGACCGCAUCCUGGCUCAACAGUCACUACAGCAGCUCCGCCACCUGCCCAACCACUCUGUGGUGAAGCUACAUAAUGCAGGCCAUGCCUGCUACCUCCACAAGCCACGAGACUUCCACCUCAGUCUCCUUGCAUUCCUUGAUCAUCUGCCUUGAACCAACACACUACCUUGGCCCCAAGCCUGGCCUGAGCUUGGAGGGUCUGGACACUGCCCUCCCUCCACCAAGGAGACAGCCCCUGGGAAUGGAGGGCAGAGGUCAGAGGGCCAGGCCCAGCCAGGACCUCUCAUUUCAUCUCACAGGCACAAUAAAAAAGCAUUUCGUCUUUC